AUGAGGGGAGGGGCCAAACCUGAGCUCUGUGGCUGCAGCGUGUGCGCCAGCAGACCACCACCUAUUUUCACUGGCUUCGUCCCGGCUCCUGUACUUUUCAUGUCUACUGAAAAUAACUCCACGGAUUACUACAGAUGCCAUCACAUUGUGGACGUGGAGUCCGGACAGCCCAUCACCUCAGCGGUGAUGUUUUCGGCGGGUGUCGUGGGCAACAUCAUGGCCCUGGUCCUGCUGGAGGUCCGGCGCAGGAGGACCAGCCCGUCCCUGUACCAUGUCCUGGUGACUGCGCUGCUCAUGACGGACCUGCUCGGCUCCGUUUCCGUCAGUCCUGUUGUACUGUCAGCUUAUGCUCAGAGGAAAACUCUAGUAGGGAUGAGCGCCAACGCGGAGGUGUGCUCCUACUUUGGCUUCAAUAUGACUUUCCUGAGCCUCUCCACGUUGGCCAUCCUGUGCGUAAUGGCGCUCGAGCGCUACCUCUCCAUAGGUCACCCUUACUUUUACGAGAGGCACCUGAGCAAACGCUGUGGUUACGUCACUAUUGCGCUCAUCUAUCUGGCCUGCGUCAUUUUCUGCAUCGCUCCGUUCCUGGGUUUUGGUGAAUACGUGCAGUACUGCCCUGGAACCUGGUGCUUCCUGGACAUGAGCCACGCGGAGGUAAAGGGCCAAGUUUACAUCGGAUUUUACGCAUCUUUCAUCCUCAUCGUUACCUCUACCACGGUGGUGUGCAACAUAGCUGUUCUCCUCCUCUUGGUGAUGAUGUACAGGAGGAGAGUGUCUGCGCAUUCUGCGUCAAGAUCCAUGACGGAGGAAGUGGAGCAUCUGCUGCCGCUGGCCAUCAUCACUGUGGUCUUCAUUUGCUGCACCCUCCCCUUAGUGCUCCGAGUGUACGUAAACUUAACAGGCAGCCAUGAGGAACGUCACGCCGCUGACCUCAGAGCUCUACGUUUACUGUCAUUCCACUCCAUCCUUAACCCCUGGGUCUUCAUCAUCCUUCGCCCCUCCCUGCUGAAAAUCCUUUGGAGGAAGUUGCACAAACCACAAGGGUCCACAUUCAUGCGAGGGAAGACCCUGAAUGCUCGGUCCAAACAAAGGGGGGGGGGGGGGUGCAACCCCAGAAGCCGGAAAAUGAGGAUGACAGUGGACAUGGAUGUGGAUAAGUCUCUGUCUGAGUGUGGAGUGAAGAAAGGCUGA